GAGGACAGGAAGGUUUUAUUGGAGUGUUGUCCGUUAGAGAGGGAGGAGGUGUUGGUAGUGGUUGGAGAGGACAAUUUUUCCGGCGAGUGAGACCUCCAGGAAGCGGUGUUGCCUAGAAUGGGCCGGAAAGGCUCAGCCCAGAAGGGUUUUCUUCCUCUCGCCCGUGUCGCUCCAGCCCCCGAGGAGACAGAGGUCAAGUUGGAAGUGAUGAGCAACGAGCGGUGUUUUGAGCUCGUGCUCGAUGAGCUCUAUGGAGUCCAAUCCCACGGCGAUCUAGUGGCCUGGGUCAGGAAUCUGACAUCGGCCCAUCUGAGUUUCCUUUCCCUGAAAGUCCUGAUUGGUCUGAGGAGCUCCAACCUGACGAGGGUGGCACAUGCAGUACGGAUACUCUCCAUUCUGCUGCAGGUGCCCAAAGCCUUAGACGAUCAGGCGGCUGAUUUGGCAAGAAGUGUGUAUGAGCAACUCAUCUCCUCUGGCCUCCAAGCUGAGAAGAACCUCCUCCAGGAAGCCCUGGCCCUGCUGGGCCGUCACCACACUCGGGAGAUAGUGCAGGUCUUCCUCGAGUACUCAAGACCCCUGAACAGGGAGGUCCUUGAAGUGUUGAAAUGUGUGGGGGCGGAUGCUUCCAUCGCCUCCCUCGUGCUGUGGGCGCUGCUCCGUAAGGUGUUUGGACGACCUCAACGUGAGGAGAGCAACUGCACCAAGUGGGAAAGGCAUACCCUAAGCUCCAUCGCGGCUGUGAACACGCUGUAUGAGCUGCUCUUUGUUGUGGAGUACUCGGGGGCCGUGGCCCAACUCCUUCCCCAGCUCUUCCUGGCCUUCAUCAUCCAGAUCCAGUAUGUGCUGGAGUUGGGCCUGGUGGGGGAGCGGGUGCUCUUGGCCGUGCAGCCCACCGUCCCCUCCGCCCUCAGUCCCUGGAGGACGGCCCUGGAGGCCUUGAGAGGGCUUCUGUCCAAGGAUGUUUGCGUAGGAUGUUGGCAGAGCUUCACGUCCAUGGAGUUGCAGGAUGGCUGGCAACUCUUCUGGUCCCUCGAAACCUUCCAGGAGGGUGUGGCUCUUCUGGCCAGGACUCUGGUCCAGAGCAGGUGCCCGAUGGUAGCCGAGCUCCUGCAAACGGUGGUCAGCUCUUUGCUGGGCAAGGACCGGCAGGGCCGAAGUGUGGCCGUGGGGCUGCUGGCUGAGCUGAUCUGGAUCCCCGCCCUGAAGACUGUCGUAGACCCUAAGGUGGUGCGGUUCAUUCUCCAGGAAGGUCUAGAGGACCCCGAUCCCGUGGUGCGGGUCAUCAGCCUGCAGGCCCUCACCAGCCUACCCCUCAACCCCAACAAGCGCCCAAUGCUCCUGGCUCAGCUCCCCUUCUUCCUGGAGGGCUUCUACCGGGAGGACCAGGAGGGGGCCCUAGCGGCCAUGGACGCGGCGAUCCUCACCGCCCGCAACCUGGGCUCUGGGGGACUCGGCCGCCUCAGUAAGGACAUCAUCCGCAUGCUGGGUCCGUUCUUUGACGACGAGAGAGCCCAAGUGAGGGUGGCAGCCCUGGAGCUGCUGGCUGCCGUGGCCGGCGGCUGUGUGAAGGAGAAGAAAGCCUACCUUCAGCAGGAGCUGAUCUGCUGCCUCCUCCCCGUCCUCCUCCACCUGAAGGACGAGCACCCGACAGUGGGCAAAAAAGCCAGAUAUACAUUCUUCUGGCUGGCCCGGAGCAUCGGCUGGAGCUACACCGAAGAAGUCGGGUGGGCCCUGAGCUGGGAGGAAAGUGAAAACACGGCCUACGGUGCCAUCUGGAAGGCCUUGAUGGAGAGCUUUAAGGACAGCCUUCCCAUUUUCUUGACCCAAGCUCUGGCGUAUACCAACUGCCCCCAGCCAGAUGUGAAAUUUGCGGCCGUUGUCUUCCUCGUAUACACCAGCACCAUCGCUCUCAAAAGCCCUCUAUUCUCCGAAGAAGUUUUGGAAAUCCUUUUCCAGAAAAUUCACUAUCUAGAAAAGGAUCCCUCGACCAAGAUCCGGAGAUUCCUAAGAUUCUACAAGAGGAUCCUGGCAGAGAAUGAUGGUCUGUUCUUCUGAGAGCUCCCAUCCGGAGGGAAAAGAAGAAGCCUAGGAAGAUGAGCUUUCUCUACACCUGAUUUCCCUCUGCUGCUUCCUGAAGAUCCCCCUGAAAGAGGUCAGCCUAGAGCAACAAUGGACUUGGUCGGUCAGACAACCGUGGCCACAGGGUGGAGUGUGAAACCGGCCCGAGCUGCCUUCAGAGUUGCCUGACCAGAGCGAGCCAAACCGUCUCCACUCUGGAAAGGCCCACCUUCUCCUCUGUUGACCGGAAAUUCUUAUAUGCUCUGAGUGGUUUAUGUAUGGGUAACGAAGACUUAUAGUUAGUGGCCAAACCUUGCAGAUAUGACCCAAGAUUACUCUUCACAGGGAUUGAACAUCUCACCCAAAUUUCCUGAUCCCUUCCCUGCCUGCCAUGUCCACGAAAACAUGUUUCUAUAUAGAUUAAGGUCCAUGCGGAAGAAUCUCAAUGUCAUGCUUACAGGCAGAUAAUCUUUUCCAAAACAUGGAGGUAAUAUUGGGUGGAUCGCCUGUUUGGCCAGGGGAAAACAAACGUCCAGCUGCCACUUGCACGCCCUCCCCCAUUAUAGCCAUGUGCACCUGGGCUAACUCCUGCUCCUUGCAAUGGGAAGGACACCCUAGGACAUUCCAGAGUGUUCUUGGCUUACCAGAGGAAACCCAGCCCGAGGCCUCGUAAAGGACCCACCGAGUUCUAGAAAGGAAAAGGCGUUUGAGGACCUGUCCAUCUGAGAGAGAGGUUGGGGCAUGAACGCAAACUGCCCCAUGGUUGGCCGGGACAUUGGGUUUGAGGUUGGCGUAUGUUUUGUGCAAUGAAUACCCAGCUUUCAGAGGUUUAUGCAGUAAAACCAUAGCUUUUCCAUAGGCACAUGCAUUAAAGCCUUAACUUUUUCUUAAGUUUACAUAUUAAAGCCAAAGCUUUUGGGAA